AGAUGUAUGGUGUCAAUAGAAACUUAACAUGUGCAGCAGAUAUCCCAUGUGGCAGCACAGGUGUCACUCAUCUCUCUCCUAAGUUCCCAGAUCGUGUCUAAAGAAAGUGUCCUCUGAAUUGUGUGCAUCUGCUGUCACAUGUCUUGUGCAGCUCCUUGAAAACAGGUAUGAAUUCACAAUGAGACAUUGACAAAUCUCUGCAGUGCAACUAGUGUCUGGUGUUUACAUGGAAAAUAGCGAUUAACAGAAGAAAACCUUUAGGAAGCUCAGACAAGUCAGAGAAGAAAACAGGCAAAAUCCAGAAAAUGAAAAUGGUUUCUGAAGUGGGAGCUUUCCUUAAAGGUAUGAUGCUGGGAGGAUUCUUCUGUGCACUAGUGACACUUAUUGGCAAUUACAAUACAAGAUAUGAAACCAAAGAGAUGCCACAUAUCCACCACCACCACCACAUCCAUGCACCUAAGAGGGAGGAAAUUUUAAGUCUUUCUAGAACAAAACGUCUGCAACUCACACAGAACAUCCGUGUGUAUUGCAUCAUAUUAGUGAAGCCUAAAAACCUGGGACACUGGGCUGCAGUAAGAGAAUCCUGGAGUAAGCACUGUGAUAAAGCCGGUUAUUUCAGCUCCGAAGAUGUGAAAGUGUUUGAAUCGAUCAACCUUGGAACCAGUGACAUGUGGGUAAUGAUGAGGAAGGCAUUCAAGUAUGCGUAUGAGAAUUAUAAGGAUGAUUACAGCUGGUUCCUGGUAGUCCAGCCAACCACUUUUGCAAUUAUAGAAAAUUUGAAGUAUUUUUUGUUGAACAAAGAUCCAAAGCAACCUUUUUACUUUGGUCAUACUGUCGUAUCUGGAGAGCUUCAAUAUGUUGAAAGUGAAGCAGGAGUUGUCUUAAGUUCAGCAGCUUUAAAUAGGCUCAUGUCAGUAUUCGAUGACCCAGUAAAAUGUCCAGAGAAAGGAAGCAUGCUUUGGAAGCUGUCGGCAGACAAAGAGUUGGCUGUGUGCCUUAAGUACACAGGUGUGCUAGCAGAAAAUGCAGAGGACUCUGAAGGGAAAGAACUGUUUAAUACAAAGCCUGUUGCCAAUCUUGUGCAAGAUGCAAUGUCCAAGAAACCCACUGAGGUGGUAGAAGGUUGCUGCUCUGAUGUAGCUAUCACAUUUAGUGGACUUAACCCAAACCACAUGCAUGUUAUGAUGUAUGGUGUCUAUAGACUUCGAGCAUAUGGACACUCGUUCACUGAUGCUUUGCUUUUCUUGCCGCCUGAAGGUUCAGAUAAUGACUAAAGAGAUGGAAAGACUCAAUGCGUUCACCUGUAUAGGAUGAGCCUUGCAACAGAAGCAAAAACAGUAACUGGUACGCCUAAUGACUGACAGAGUUUAUUUUUUAAUGAAGAUUUAAAUCUAAUCAGAAUUUGAAAUGAAGGUCAUUUGGAGAAGUCUAAUUUUUCAAGUGCAAUGUGGAGACUUUUAAAUAAUGAAUGUAUGUGUAUAUUCAGUGUGAAGUAUGCACACAGAAAGAAGUACACAUAACCUGACAGGAAUGGUGGAGCCAUGGUCUGAAAAUUAUUUUUAUGAGAAUGUAUGAUUGCAUUUGUGGCUUAAACAUUUUAACUUUGGUUUGAA